UCGCGUGAUUACACGUUCUGACGUCAUACUUCUUUGCGUUCGUCAAGGGAACUGCAAAGCGAUUUCACCUAUUUCUGUACAGAGCGUAUUCGUUCAUUUAGUAUUUAUCGUUCAUGCGUCCCCGAUUAAACACAUAUUUUAUGGCUGUAAUAGGACGUUGCAACGGAUACUUUGGGUAAGAUCUCAUAUGCAUUUAGUUACCUUAAUUAUAUUCUGCAAGAGACAGUCUAUGGCUGUGUCUCAAAACCCAGUGUUCUGCCUAUCUAGACAGCAUUUUUGGACAUCAUAAGCGACCGACAUAGCAAGGCAGUCUUGGAUGGGUUGUGCAGACCUUAUGUUAUAGCUUGCUCUGUGUGGACAUCACCGCCACCGUGGAAGAAAACGGCAGCUCAUGGCACCAGGCCUACACAGACUCGGGCUCCAGCCCCCUCCCAGCACCACCCGAACACUUGUGCAAGGCCUGCGGAGGCCAGGUUGACAGUAUAAGAACGCAUGUCUGCAUGGACUGCAAAAACAGCUUCUGCAGCCGCUGCUCGGUGCAGAUGGACGUCCGGCCGCGGAUGUGCCACACCUGUCAGCGGCUCCACUGCACCUUCUUUGAACGGGCAGAGUUGAUGAGGCUGAAGGUGAAGGACCUCCGUGACUAUCUUCACCUGCACGAAACCCCCACACAGAUGUGCCGAGAGAAGGAGGAGCUGGUGGAGCUGGUGCUGGCUCAACAGACUCCCAGGGGCAGCGGCAGUGCCGAAUCCCGAUCACAGCCGGCUGCACCCUCCCAUCCUCUUGCCGAAUCUGAAGCCCUCACGGAGGAGGAGGAGGAGGAGGAGGAGGAUGAUGACAACGAGGAUGAAGAGGGUGAGGAGGAGGAAGAAGAAGAUGGAGAUAGAGAUGGAGAAGAUGAAGAGGGUGAAGAAGAUGAUGAGGAUGAUGAGGAAGAGUCCACAGACAGUGAGGAGACGCUGGUGCUCAGCAGAAGAGCCUCUCUGUCUGACCUGAGCAGGGUGGAGGACAUCGAAGGCCUCAGCGUGCGGCAGCUGAAGGAGAUUCUGGCGCGUAACUUGGUGAACUACCAGGGCUGCUGUGAGAAAUGGGAACUAAUGGAGAAGGUCACCCACCUCUUUAAUGAUCAGAAAGACUUUCACAACCUCGUAUCAAAUACAAAAACGGAAGCAGCUGAUCCUGCUGAGCCCAGCGGCCAGGAGGAGAACCUGUGCAAGAUCUGCAUGGACUCUCCCAUUGACUGCGUCCUGCUGGAGUGCGGCCACAUGGUCACCUGCAGCAAAUGUGGGCAACGCAUGAACGAGUGUCCCAUCUGCCGACAGUAUGUAGUUCGAGCCGUGCACGUCUUCAGAUCGUGAAAUUCGAGUGCAAAGAGACAGACUGUCCCCUACAGUUUGCUGCUUUUUCACACACCGAGCAACAUUUUCUCAACAUUUUGUGAUAAUACUCCACCUUGCUGCUUAGCUUCUAAGUUUACAUGAUUAAAUGUGCACUUAUUUGAUUUUUCAUCACAACGGUGUUAACGUGUGGCUUUAAAGUUGUUUAAUUUAUUUGUUGACUUUCACACUUUUUUUUAGUUAUUAGGAUUUUUUCUUUAUAUCCAUCCUACAACAUUUGCAUUACUGUUAGAAAAUAUUGAAUAAGCAAGCAAGGUUUAAUGGAUAAUCUGCAUGAAUGAUUAAUGUUUAUUAGAGGUUAAGACAUUAAUAAGUCUAAAUGACAUAUAAAGAACACAUUUAAAUAUGUGGAAUAAUCUUGGAAGUGUCUGGGAUGUGUAAACAGGGUAAGAUGGUUGACUUUAAUUCACCGAUUCUCAUGUUGUUUCUGUGUUUAGGUCUUUACGAUAAUUCACCACUAUAAUGUGACCACUUCAGGGGUCAGUUCACUCUUGGUUAAAGAUAUAGUUAACCCAGAAAUGAAAAUUUGCUGACCCUUAGGCCAUCCAACAUGUAGAUGAGUUUGUUUCUUCAUCAGAACCGAUUUGGAGAAAUUACAUCACUUGCUCAGCAGUGGAUCCUCUGGAGUGAGUAAUGGGUGCCGUCAGAAUGAGAGUGCAAACAGUUGAUAAAAAACAUCUCAGAAAUCCACAUGGCCCCAGUUCAUCAAUGUUUUGUGAAAGUUACAAAUUAAUGAAAACUAUCAUUAAUGUCUUUAACCUUGAACCAUGGCUUCCUAAUAAAAUACAGUCCUCUAUUUAUCAUAUUGCUUUCUUCACUAAAAUAAAGUCAACUUGUUUGAGUUUAGAAUUUAGAGCAAACACCAUUUACAAGCAAAAUCAGUCCAACACGGCUCUAAACCAAUACGUCAGUGGAUUUGGAUGUGAGGAGACACAAGAGGAUAGACUGUUUCACUUGAGGAAGCUUUAUUAUGGAUUUGACCAGAAGCAAUGGUUUACAGUUAAAAUGCCUUAAUGAUCUUUAAGUUGAUUUCUUACGAACACACAACUUUUCUUCUCAAGAUGUUAACUGAGCGACUCGAGUUGUGUUGUGAAUCAUUGUUAUGUUUUUAUCAGCUGUUUGAACUCUCAUUCUGACGGCACCCAUUCACUACACACACUACACAUUGGUGACCAAGUCAUGUAAUGACACAUUUCUCCAAAUUUGUUUCUAUGAUGAAACUAAUUUAUCCAAAUCUUGCAUGGCCUGAGGAUAAAUACAUUUUCAGCAAAUGUUCAUUUUUGGGUGACCUAUUCUUUUAAAUUAUAAUGCACUCUACCAGUAGUGUGUGGGUGCUAUUUCCAGGCUUUGUGCACUUAGAGAUCAAACCAUUCCACUGCCUCAUGCUUUGGUCUUGACUCCAUAUCUUAGACAGAACCAGUACUUCCAAACUGCCAAGAAACCUUUCUGGCUUGACUUUUGCUUCGGUACAUUCUUUCUUUUAUUACACUGGUGGCUAGUUCUCCACCGUUACUAGUAUUACUUCCAAGUCUGUGUUAGUCACAAGGUGCUCAUUACUGCCUACACUUAUUGUUGUAUGAUAAAGUGUGUUAACCUAAUAAAAAGUUGUCAUGGA